AUGAAGCCAACAGUCGCAAUUCCCCUUGCUCUGGCGAGCCAGGUAGCCUCGACCGUCGUCAGUCGUGACGCUUCCAUCGACUACAAUGCGGCGCCACCAAAUCUUUCAACCCUAGCAAAUGCUUCGUUGUUUGAUACAUGGAGACCCAAAGCCCACGCGCUGCCUCCAUCUGGCAAGAUCGGCGACCCAUGCAUGCAGUAUACCGAUCCCAAGACAGGGCUGUUCCAUGUGGGAUGGCUUCAUAAUGGGAUUGCAGGGGCCACAACGGAUGAUAUGGCCACAUACAAAGAUGUCAACCCCGACGGCAACCCAUCGAUCAUCGCCGGAGGGAAGAAUGACCCCCUUGCGGUCUUCGAUGGAACGGUGAUCCCACGGGGAAUCGAUGGCAUGCCCACCCUCUUAUAUACCUCCGUGUCAUACCUUCCAAUUCACUGGUCGAUCCCCUACACUCGCGGAAGUGAAACCCAAUCUCUCGCGGUCUCGUAUGACGGUGGCCACAACUUCACAAAGUUGAACCAAGGCCCAGUCAUCCCCAACCCCCCCUUUGCUCUCAAUGUGACUGCUUUCCGGGAUCCUUAUGUGUUCCAGAACCCCACUCUGGAUGCCAGUGUCAACAGCACCAAAGGCACAUGGUACACCGCCAUCUCUGGCGGUGUUCACGAUGUCGGUCCUUGCCAAUUCCUCUACCGGCAGCACGACUCGGACUUCCAGUACUGGGAGUAUCUUGGACAAUGGUGGAGCGAGCCCGUGAAUUCCACCUGGGGUAAUGGUGAUUGGGCUGGUGGUUGGGGCUUCAACUUCGAGACUGGUAACAUCUUUGGUCUGAACGAAAAUGGAUACAGCGACAGUGGCGAGAUCUUCGUGACUCUGGGAACUGAGGGCUCUCUGGCUCCGGUCACCCCCCAAGUCAGCUCGAUCCAUGAUAUGUUGUGGGUUGCUGGAAAUGUCACCAACAACGGCUCUGUCACUUUCAACCCGACUAUGGCCGGUUUCCUCGAUUGGGGUCUGUCUGGUUACGCGGCGGCCGGAAAGAUCUUGCCAGCCAGCUCUCAAGCAUCCAAGAAGAGUGGUGCUCCCGAUCGUUUCAUCACCUACACCUGGCUCACCGGAGAUGAGUUUGAACUCGCCAAGACCUUCCCCAAUGCCCAGCAAAACUGGACCGGAACUAUGCUGUUCCCUCGCGAGCUGAAUGUCCGCACUAUCCCCAAUGUCGUGGAUAACAAGCUUGCUCGUGAGUCCCCGUCGUCCUGGCGUGUGGCUCGCGAGAGCUCCGACAGCGUCGAUCUCGAGACAAUGGGAAUCUCCAUUGCCCGAGAGACUUACAGUGCGUUGACUUCGGGCGAAUCAUCAUCUGAGUCAGGCCGAACCCUUUCCAAGGCCGGAAAUGUGGCUUUCCAGAAUUCGCCCGCAAGCAAGUACUUUGUGUUGAACGCGAACAUCUCCUUCCCGGCCUCGGCCCGUAAGUCUGAUAUUCAGUCCGGCUUCCAGAUUCUGUCCUCAGACCUGGAGUCCACAAAGAUUUAUUAUCAAUUCUCUAAUGAGUCUAUCAUCGUCGACCGCACGAACACAAGCGCCGCUUCGAAGACGACUGCCGGUAUUACCAAUGAAAAUGAGGCCGGUCGCCUCCGUCUGUUUGAUGUGCUUCAAGACGGCAAGGAAAAGGUUGAGACUUUGGAGCUCACUGUCAUCCUGGACAAUGGAGUUCUCGAGGUCUACGCCAAUGGACGCUUUGCCCUCAGUACUUGGGCCCGCUCUUGGUACUCGAACUCCACCGGCAUCAGCUUCUUCCACAACGGUGUGGGCGAGGCGACCUUCUCGAAUGUGACAAUAUUCGAGGGGCUAUAUGACGCUUGGCCUGAGAGGAAAUAA